CGGCGUUCCCGAAAUGAAUCUGAUACUUUCUUGUCACCAUACUCUGAUAGAUACAGGCUAACACCGUCUUAAUGUUUGAGCACGAAGAAGACCAGUACAUCUCUCAUCGCCUGCCCGCAUCCAGAGGAUUCGAAGAUGAACACUCCCACCAAAGCAAGGGCGAUGGACGUAGAAAGCGAGAACACACGCAUGGAUGGAACUGGCCCCUGAAUAAGUUGUGGACGGGAUGGACGAGCGGCAGUAACCAAUGCGCGUCGUGUACCGCUAAUGAAGCCGAAAAGAAGGAGAUCAUGGAUGAUAUGGAGCGGAUGAAAGCAGAAAAUGCUCGUCUGCGGUGGGAGCUACGGGAACGGGAGGACCUGUGCAAAGCACUGGCCACAAAUCACGAACGGCUGCAGCUAGAAAAGGAAGACCUCCUGGCGGAACUUGAACAACUCUCACAGAGCCUUUUUGAAGAGGCGAAUCGGAUGGUAGCAGAGGAGCGGAUGCGAUCCAAUAAGCUAGAACAGAAAAAUGCCGAGCUUUCUCGUACUCUUGACCGGACACUUACGGUCAUCAAUUCGACAGCAUCUUCCGCACAGCAAAAACGCAACUCCAUCAGUAGCAGUGGCACGCUACCAUGGGCGACGACGUUGAAGGGUUCACUAAGAGGACACAGCGCGCUUCAAAAAGAAUUGAGCAGUAGCAGUACCUUGAAUCUAAACACAAAUCCAACUAGGACACCACUGCCUUUAGAGGGAAUCAGGCAGGUGUCAUCAGAAAUAUAAAUUACAUACGUGUUGAAAUGAUCACGAAAGCAGAUAAUGAGUGCAAGACAUAUAAGCCAAUGAACAUCAUGCAGUCUUUAUCAUCCUUCCAUCUGAAAGUGAAAUAUAUCGC